AUGCAUCUGUUUUGCCCUUGCUUCCUGUCCCUCUCCCUGCUGACGGUGUCCCCCCUGGUGAGUGCCAGUGUGUCGAACAACUUCAAAGACUGCAGCCAUUUCUUCUACAUGCAGACACCACCUGCAGGGAUGAAGGGCACCAACCUGAGGAGGGUCUGCCAGAGGUACGCAGACAAACUGCGCUACGCCACGUUGUAUGACAGUAGCCGCCGCCUCCCCCUCUAUUCAGCCUACAUCUUUAAGAAGUCUGAUGGGAAGAGGAGGAUGGACACACCGUGGAUGUACGAGCCACAGUUGGUUUCAGAUGAUGAGAGUGGAAACAUGAAAGCACUUCCCCUUACUGAGGACGCCCCCCCUCUGAUUGAGGACAGCCAGGCCGUGUUGGAGGACUACACAGAUGCUGUAGAAUAUAAACGUGGCCCACUGAAUCCUGACCUGCACCAAUCAGAACCAGAUGACAAAUCCUCCACAUAUACUCUGACCAAUGUAGUCCCAUUAAUCACAAACUUCCUGGACACUUCCUGGAACCCAUACUUGGACAUCAUACGCCGCCGCCUCAACAACUUCUGCCAUGGCAAAUCUUUCAUGGUGACAGGGGUGACCGUUUCAGGGGGGACCCUCCAUCGAGAUAACAGGGACCGCCUGGCAAUCCCGAAACACUUAUGGUUGGCUUACUGCUGCCCGAAGUUUGACCAUAACUCUCCUUAUGCUGUGAGGUUCAUGUUCCCAGGUUAUGGGGGCUAUGCACUGAAUGAACAGACUGACCACAGUGUUGUGGAAGUCCCUCUGAAGACUCUGGAGGGCUUCCUGAAGAGCCAGACAGACGUAGACAGUGACCUGACGGUAAGAGGGAGAGUGGAAAAAGUGCUGUCUCCAGAGUGCAGAGAAUUCCUCUACAUGGGAACACCGCCGACCGGGUUGGAGCACCACUCCCUCCAGUUCAUUUGCCAACGUUACAACAAGAGGCCACGCUACAUGACACUGUUCAACACUGUGGAUCAUAUACCUGUGUACUCUGCAUACACUUUCAAACGCUCAGACGGGGAGAAAUGCGUGGACGUCCCAUGGAUGUAUGAACCGCAGCUAUCCACAUCCUCUGAUACAGAAGAGAUGCAGCCCUUCCCACGUGGUUACAUGCACAUGAAUUUUGAAGAUGCCCAAGCUGUUCUGGACGACUACACAAACGCCAUCCUUUACGAGCGUGGCACCCUCAACCCAGACGAGCAUCAGGACGACCCUGAUGACAAGGCCUCCACCUACACCCUCACCAAUGUCGUGCCCAUGGUGCCCGACUUCAACAACAGAGUAUGGAACAAACAGGAGCACAUCAUCCGCAAACGGCUCAACAACUACUGCCAUGGUACCGCUUACGUCGUCACAGGCAUCACCACCUCUGGGAAGAUGAUCCGCCGGCAAAACAUCAACCGCGUAGCAGUCCCUGUGUACCUGUGGUCCGCUUAUUGCUGUGUGGACUACGACCACAACGCACCUUAUAACGAGCGCUACAAGUUCCCAUCUUUCGCUCACUAUGGCCUGAAUGAGGAGGAGAACAACGAGGUGGUGGAAAUCUCCGUCCAGAAGCUGAAGGAGUUCCUCAAGAAGACAACCUUUGUAGACCAGAACUUUCAGAUCUUUGUGGGUGACUGUGUCCCACCAGGGUCCAGUAAAAAUUAA